UUAUUUUCUGAAAAUUUCUGCCCAAAUUCUUUUUGGAUCUCGAGUAUUAGAUGCUAUCACCUCUGUGUGGUUAUUUACGUGAUCAAUUUUUCCGAUCACAAAGUUUUUGUGCUCUAAUUUUAAUUUAGCUGGAAGCUUUUGGCCAAUUGUCUUGGCUCCGCUGUAUUUUGUAGGGGAUAAAUUUAAGUUGUUUUCUGUCAAAGCAAUUGCAACUCUUUCACAUGAGCUUGGAAUUCCUACUAGAACCUUGGCAGUCUUCCGAGUUCAAGUUGUACUUUUUCUUACCGGUAACCUUAUAUGCAAAGGCACUUGAGAGCCAACGAGCUGAAAUGCAGAACCAAUAGAUUGAAAUGCAAGAACUCCUUAAGGCUUGAAGAGCAAAAAUGCAGUUUAAGAAGCAAGGCAGUGAAAAUACAUCUGGCGAUAAUAACUACUCGUUGCACAGAAGGCAAGCUUCCCCGGUUGCUGAACUGCAGGAGAACACCAAGCUAAUUCUUCUCGUUCGUAGGCUGAUAAACCCAAAGAGAAGCGGCGCACGAGGUUGGUUGGACACUCCUCUACUGGUGUAGCAGUCUCGCAGCCAUCGGAGUUUUGUCCACCGAAGGUUCAGCAUUUUCCUCAUUUGGUACUUGCUGAAGUCCGGCAAAGCCUACGGUGGCUGAUAGUCGUGUCGUCCACCACGGUGAGCUCUGCAACAGCUGCCCUUGUCCGCCCGCUACAAAAGCCCUCUACUUUCAGGUUUAUGCCGCCGCGCACUAGAUCCAUUUCUAGAGUCGAAAAACUCAUACUUCCUGAUCCUGUUAGCAUUGCUUGGUCCGAGUGUGGAGAGAACGACUUAAAGCUUUGCAUCACCAAUUACUUCAAGUGUAAAAAACCAAUGGCUGGUAAGGUUGGUUCAUCAAGGCAAGGUCGAGCCCAAUUUCCAAUGGAGCGAGAGCUUGAAUUUGCGGAGUACUUGGUUGAAUUUAAACGGGCUAAUAGAAUGAACAAGGGCAACUUAAAGAGUGAGGUCUUCCCGGCAAUUGUUGAUAAAUUUGCCAAAAAAGGAUGCCACUUUGAUCCAACUCAAAUCAAGGCGAAGUAUUAUGCAUUACGUCAUCUGACACAAGAAUACAAUCGCAUGCGAUUGAGGGUGACUGGGGCCGGAUGGGAUCCCCUCCUCCAGACUGUAAUCAUGGACGAAAGCAAAUGGCAAGCUGUGAUUAAGGAGAAUCCAUCCUUUAAGACUUACCACAACAAAGAUUGCCGUGUCUUCUACAUAUUGUCGGAGGUGUUUGACAAAAUGGAUGCCCAAGGGCGAUAUGCAAGGGACUCGAACCAACCACCGGUUGACAUCAAUGACGAGAUAAGAGUGAGGCAAAGUCAAGCGUAUGACAAUAUGGGUGGCCAGGGCACGGAGCACGUGGACCUGACUGAUGAUAUAAUCCCUCCUAUGCAGUCAAUUGGGAAAUCGGAUGCCAAACAUUCGAAAGGCAAAGGCAAAGGGAAAAGGAAGACUCUGGAAUCUUCAUCCGCCAAAGACGGCGACCCUCCGCCUGGUCUAAGUCGUUCCUCCUACAAUAAUGUAAUAUCUUGGAUGGAUGCGACGUUUGCUUCCGAUCGGAGCACGUCCCAGAGCGUAGAUGCCCCACCUCCCCCACCUGCUGCUGCUCCAGCUCCUCCUCCUCCGAUUUACGUGGAUGAUGACCCUUACUCGGUGGCAAAGGCAGAUGAAGCCUUAACCAAAAUAGAAGGCUUGUCGGAUAAAGUAGCUGUCACAGCAGCUUGGAAGUUGGCUGAUUCUGCUGACCAUCGGAGGAUGUUUUUGAUUCAGAAGAGUGAGGCUAGGAAGCGGUUAUAUGCACUGAAGAUUGGGGGGGGCGAACUAGAUGAUUGAGACCUGCAUGUGCCUAGGGGGGUUAAGCACCAGUUGGAAGGCUUUGUUUGCAUGUUUUAAUGUAAAAGAUUUCUAUUUGUGAUUGAUGGCUGCUGGUUUUCCCUGUUGGGAAACGAAUUUGCACUUUGGUUGUUUCAUUACGUAGUUUGGAUCAUUUGUAGACCUACCAUAAUGUUUCUCCAUUUCAAAUAUUUGACUUUUCGAGUUGGCGAAUAAUAAAUAGGAGUUCUACUUUGAUAUAA